AGUGCAUUCCGUGCAUUUGCGUACAUCGCCCGUUCCGGAUGCGUCCGGCGUCGCGUGCGGGUUGCUGCCGCACUCAAACGGAGUAGAGGGUUCGCACUUCUCGCUGUUGCCGAGGAAGCACCAUGGACUGUCCACAGCCAGUGCUGCUGACCAAGGAGUCAGGCAAUGAGGCAAGACCUGCCUCUGUGGAACGUCCCAUCACUGUUAUGCGCAAGGACGAGACAGUGGUUUUACCUUCCAUAGAGCCUGCUGCUGAGCCACGUCCGGCAUCAAGAAAGCAGCUGAAAGAGCAUGGACUGCUCCCUCAGACAAUGUCCCGGCCGUGUCCACUUCUCAACGAGAACCUGCAGAUGGUGGACACUGCCAUCUCGUGGCUGGGGGAGGGAACUGAGUAUCUAGUCGUCGGCGUCGUGGGGCGCCAGGGAGUCGGUAAAUCGACGGUCAUGUCCAUGCUGGGCGGAGAAGCUCCAUUUUGCCCGCUCAAGAAGUACCUGUUCCCGCCGGAGACGGUGCAGCAGGUGCUCAACAGCGAGCACCGCACCAACGGGGUGGAGAUGCUGGUGACGCCGCAGCGGGUGGUGCUGCUGGACACGCAGCCGAUCCUCUCGCCGUCGAUCGUCGACCUGCUGGCGCAGGGCGACCGCAAGCUGCCUGGAGACAGUGGGUCGCUGGAAACGCAGAUGGAGCUGCUGGCGCUGCAGCAGCUGGCCUUCCUCUACACCGUCUGCCACGUGGUACUGGUGGUGCAGGACUGGUGGGUGGACGGCGACCUCGUCAGACUGCUGCAGACUGCGGAGAUGCUGAAGCCGGCCUCGUCGACGGCCCUGUCGGACGCGACACCCACCGAACACUACCCGCAGCUGGUGUUCGUCCACAACCGCUGCACGCUGGCACACUUCCAGCCAGACAGCAUCAGCCAGAUGCAGGAGUUCUACCGGUCGGCGUUCGGCUCGUGCGGCCUGUCCGUGAGCGGCGGCGUCGGCGUCGGCACCGGCCAUGUGGUCAGCCAGGCGCAGCCGGAGGUCACGGGCAAGCCGGCCAACCUGCUGCUGCUGCCGCAGUUCCUGCCGGCCGAGGACGGCGUGACUGAAGAGGAGUACGAGUGUCCGCUGCGGACGGCGCCGACCGGCUUCUGGAGUCUGGCGGAGCUGGUGGCGGCGCUACGAGCCGAGGUGUGCCGACUGCCGCAGCUGCCGCUCACACACCAGCCGCUCUCCGAGAAACACUGGUACGGCACCAGCGCUGAAGGCGCCCGGUACCCGUCGCUGCCUGGCUGUCUUCAGCUGAAGGCGUCCGGCAUCGCUGAAGGCACCCGGUACCCGUCGCUGCCCGGCUGUCUUCAGCUGAAGGCGCCCGACAUCGGUCGCUACUUGGCUGCUGUCUUCAGCUGA